GUGGAAUCGGCAGCUCAGGAUAGGAAUUUGACUUGCCCAAGGUCACACAGCAAGCAAGGAGCAGAGAAGGACUUUGGGCUUUGAUUUAGUGCCAUGCAUCCUUUGCAGUGUGUCCUGCAAACACAGAGGUGGGGGCCCUUGGCUUCUGUGUCCUGGCUGCUGCUCAGGACCUGCAGGGCACAUAGUAGUGUCCCCAGCACUGCAUGUCCCAGUUCAGAGAGGCAGCAGGAAGAUGGAGUUCGGAAGGAUUUCAGCUCUAGGCUGGCCAGUGGGCCGACUUUUCAGCAUUUUUUAAGAAGUGCUUCAGCUCCUCAAGAGAAACCAGACAUGGAGGACCCACCCCCCUAUCUUACAGUGGAUGAACUUUUAGGGAGGCAAAGAAAAGUCUAUCUGGAGACCUACGGCUGCCAGAUGAAUGUGAAUGACACAGAGAUAGCCUGGUCUGUCUUACAGAAGAGUGGCUACUUGCGGACCAGGAACCUCCAAGAGGCUGAUGUGAUCCUCCUUGUCACAUGUUCUAUCAGGGAGAAGGCUGAGCAGACCAUCUGGAAUCGUUUACAUCAGCUUAAAGCCCUGAAGACGAAACGGCUCCGCUCCCAAGUACCUCUGAGGAUUGGGAUUCUAGGCUGCAUGGCUGAGAGAUUAAAGGAGGAGAUUCUCAACAGGGAGAAAAUGGUGGAUAUUUUGGCCGGUCCAGAUGCCUAUCGGGACCUUCCUCGACUGCUGGCUGUUGCUGAGUCAGGCCAACAAGCUGCCAAUGUGCUGCUCUCUCUGGAUGAGACCUAUGCCGACGUCAUGCCAGUCCAGACAAGCCCCAGUGCUACUUCUGCCUUUGUGUCUAUCAUGCGAGGCUGUGACAACAUGUGCAGCUACUGCAUUGUUCCUUUCACACGUGGCCGGGAGAGGAGUCGCCCUGUUGCUUCCAUUCUAGAGGAAGUGAGGAAGCUUUCAGAGCAGGGGCUGAAAGAAGUGACACUUCUUGGUCAGAAUGUUAAUAGUUUUCGGGACAGUUCGGAAGUCCAGUUCAACAAUGCAGUGUCUACUAACCUGAGCCGUGGCUUUUCUACCAACUAUAAACCCAAGCAAGGGGGCCUUCGUUUUGCUCACCUUCUGGAUCAGGUCUCCAGAGUAGAUCCUGAAAUGAGGAUCCGUUUCACCUCUCCCCACCCCAAAGACUUUCCUGAUGAGGUUCUACAGCUGAUUCAUGAGAGAGACAACAUCUGUAAGCAGAUCCACCUACCAGCCCAGAGUGGAAGCAGCCGUGUAUUGGAGGCUAUGCGGAGGGGAUAUUCAAGAGAAGCUUAUGUGGAGUUAAUUCAUCAUAUCAGAGAAUCUAUCCCAGGAGUGAGCCUCAGCAGUGAUUUCAUUGCUGGCUUUUGUGGUGAGACGGAGGAAGAUCACCUCCAGACAGUGUCUUUGCUUCGGGAAGUUCAGUACAACAUGGGCUUUCUUUUUGCUUACAGUAUGAGACGGAAGACCCGGGCAUAUCACAGGCUGAAAGAUGAUGUCCCAGAAGAGGUAAAAUUAAGGCGUUUGGAGGAACUUAUUACUGUCUUUCGAGAAGAAGCAACAAAAGCCAACAUGGCCUCUGUGGGUUGUACCCAGCUAGUGCUGGUGGAGGGGCACAGUAAACGCUCUGCUACUGAUCUGUGUGGCCGGAAUGAUGGAAACCUUAAAGUGAUCUUCCCUGAUGUAGAAAUGGAGGACGUUAAUAACUCUGAGGUCAAGGUCAGAGCUCAGCCUGGGGACUAUGUGCUGGUGAAGAUCACAUCUACCAGCUCUCAGACACUUAAAGGACAUGUUCUCUGCAGGACAACCCUGAAGGACUCCUCAGUAUAUUGCUGACCUGGGUAGAUGGCCUUAGAGUUGACAUGGGCUGUCCUUGCCGAGAGGAAGGGAGCUAUGACUGGUCACUAAUGAAAGAGAUAACGAAGCUCUGGAGACAAACUGCAAGUGUUGAAGCAGCUUUAUGUCAAAUGGAAAAUGUAUCUCUUUCCUGCUAUGUGAACAGCUUUUAUAGUCAUUAAAUUUACCGAAAGUAAAGC